AUGGCACUCGUUCUUCCUACCAAGUUUAAAGCUACUCAGGUAGUAUUGGCAGUACUAUUCAUAUUCACAAGUGUCAAUAUACUAUUAGCUCUUUAUUCCACUGAUAGAUCGACAACCAACAGUAAUAGCAACAAUGGCAAUGGCAAUGGCAAAAGCAGUGGCAGUUACUACAGCUACAGCAAAGAAGGGGUAUCUGCCAUAUUUGGUAAACUAUCUUCACUAACAAUACCCCUUCAACAGCAAAAGCAACUGGCCUCAGGGAAUGGCGAUGACUACAAAAUAGUAGGCUACCAUCACAAUGAAGAUACUGACUUUACUGUAUUUCAAAAGGAUUACCUGGCUAGUCAACAUCUUGCUUCUGAUACUACUCAUCAUUUUUGGAAUUUUGUCAAUUCUGAUUUAAAUACGAAGCAAAAUUAUGAUAUUAAAUUAAUCAAUGGAUACAACUAUAAAGACUACGUCUCCAAAUUGAACCAGGACCACUUAUUAAUGUUGAAUAGUUCAUUUUCUGACCACUACGAUAUGGAAAUGAAGUUUACUACUGCUUUUAUUGACUUUUUCAAUUCGAUAUUGAAAACAAUUGAAGAAUGUAAACCAAACAUCAAUGGUAUCAAUAAUGACGAACAUUACCCCAACGCUGCCAAAUUGGAAAAGCAUUAUCAAACUUUUAAUAAAUUGACUGACGAGGAAAUGAAUGAAUUCAAAUACAAACAGGAAUUGAUCCAUAAAAAUGGAAGAAUGCCAGUUUAUGGUGGCCAUUUACGAGAAAACUACCAACAAGAGUUAAUUAGAAGUAAAGAAUUGUUAUCCAUGUACAUUACCCUAAAUGACAUGGAAAUGGAGUCCCUCAAGAGUUCUCAUCAACAGUUUAUCAAGUCCAUGAUUAAAGAUUGGCCAGAAGACUUGACUAAAUUUAACAAAUACAACGAUUUCCUCAAGGGUGAUGGAAUAGUUUAUUUAGCCGGAGGCAAAUAUAAUCAAUUGGCAUUGCUUUCAAUUAAAGUCUUGCGGGAAAAUGGUUCACGCUUACCCGUCGAAGUAAUCAUCCCCAAACACGAAGAUUAUGAUGAACAAUUUUGUAAUCGGAUCUUGCCUACGUUGAAUGGGAAAUGUAAAUUAAUGAGUGACUAUAUUCCCAAAUCUUAUUAUGAAGGGGUCAUCAAAAAUGGAGGUUCAGCUGCUGGUUAUCAGAUGAAAAAUGUGGCCAUUUUCAUUUCAUCAUUUGAGCGUGUCUUGUAUCUUGAUGCUGAUAAUAUCCCCAUCAAGAACCCCGACAUUUUAUUUGCUAAUAAGCCAUUUACCAAUAAACAUCUAGUUAUAUGGCCUGAUUUAUGGAGAAGAUCAACGUCACCUAAAUUUUAUGAUAUUGCCGGUAUUAAAGUUGACCCUGCCAAGAAAGUGAGAAACUCAUACACCAAAGGUGAUCCUAGGGGUGUGUUUCAAAGUGCUGAUUAUGAAACAUCAAUUGCUCAUAAUUCAUUCCAUGAUUGUCAAGGAGCUAUUCCGGAACCAAGUUCAGAAACGGGUCAAUUACUCAUUAAUAAAAAGGUCCAUUUCAAAACAUUGUUACUUUCAAUGUAUUACAACACUUAUGGCCCUGAUUAUUAUUACCCAUUGUUGAGUCAGGGUGCCGCUGGUGAAGGUGAUAAAGAAACUUUUAUUGCUGCUGCUCAUAAAUUGGAUUUACCCUACUAUCAAGUACAAGAAUUCAAUCGAGAAUUUGGACCCAAGGAUGCAACUACUAAUAAACAUUUAUAUUUUGCCAUGGGUCAGUAUGAUCCAAUCAUUGAUUACAUUCAAGCCAAUAACGAUACCGAAUAUAUUAGCAGCAAAGAUAAUUCCAAGCUGAAGGAGCAAAAACAAGAGGGUGAUCAAGAGGGUGAUAAUCCAUAUUUAUCUACCCCGCCCACCGAAUUUGCCAGCCAUGGAAAGGACAAUAACAAAUAUAAUUACGAUUAUCAUUUAUACAAAUCGUCGUCAUUAUUUUUCCUUCAUGCCAAUUGGCCCAAAUACUAUUUCCAACAACUAUUCAAUUCUGACGAAAGAGGACCUGUUGAUAACAAGGGCAAUAGAAGGCGUCUAUACGGUAAUGAACUAAGACGGGAGUUGGGCUCGGAAGUAGCAACUGCGUCAUCUUCUACGAAUAGCUACGAUUUCGAAUUGAAGGUGAUUGAACAAUUGCAGAUGUUGUUUUGUACCGAUCCGAAAUUUGAUUUGGAACAUGUUCCCAGUGCUGACAGCAAUGAGCGGAGAGAAGUUUGUAAUAAGGUUGAAGAACAGAGGCUGUUUUUGAAAAUAUCCUAA